AGCAUUGAUUUUGGCGAACGUUGGAGAAGAACUAUUGAAGGAAUUGGUCUUCCGUUCUGUUGACGACGAAGAACUAACGCAGUUUCAGCUUAAAAAUCAGAUUGAGAAGUGAUGGAUAUCGGGUCCGGUAGGCCCGACUCCAGGCCCAAAUAAAGGCCCAUAAUAGCCCAAAAGGCUGUGAGAUUAUGGCCGGACGAAGGACGAGACGUAACACUGCUGCUUCCGCCCAGUCGACGGUAAGGAGUGACAACCCUGAGCAGGGUAUGAUCGUUCCUGUCAAUGGGUUGGAAACGGCAUUGAAUAAUGUGGCUAACAUGAUGGCCAACAUUAUGGAACGAUUGGAUAAGGCUCUUCCAGGUCCAUCCGGUAUCCGGGACAUCCCUGCCGGCCAACCCCGUCAGGUACUGCGUACUGCGAGUUCUCCUAUUCUCCAGGAGCUUCAUGAUCCGGAAGAGGUUGAGAGGGAGAGACGAGCCAUUGCCAGACGCCGGGCGGAGGAGUUGGCCCGGAAUAGUAAGGUGAAUGAGGAUCGGGCCAAGGAUGCAAGCCGGAUCGUCGGCGAUGGAAACGAAAACCCGCGGGGAUCCAUCUUUGAAAGGAUAUCUCGCCAGAAGGCUCACGUUAGUGAGAGGCUGGGGAAGAAUCCGGAUAAGGCACCCCAGGGUUGGAUACGACCCCAGGCUAGCCAGGUGGCAUCUUCUAACCGCGAACCCCGGCAGCGAAACGGCCGUGGUGGGAUCCAAGCGCCGGUCCGGUCAAUGGUGAAUUUGGAGGAGGACGAAGUUCAAAGCCAAGCCAGGGUCCCAGCGCCAUGGCAUUUGGGGCCGCCGGUACCGGAAACUGGUGAGUUCCAGGAUCUGAGGCAGCAGAUCCGGGAGAUGCAGAGGAAGAUAAACAAGGGUCGAGUAUUCACUACCCGGACGAAUACUCCCCUAGCGCCGGAGAUCUUUGCGGAACCAUAUCCGCAGGGAUUCAAAAUGUCGUUCGUUAAGCGUUAUGAUGGGGAGUCAGACCCCCAAGAACACAUAAACAGCUAUGUCCAAGUGAUGAUUGUCGUAGACGCCAGUGACGCACUCAUGUGCCGGUGCUUCUUGCAGAUAGUUGAUAGCAAGGUCGCGGAUUGGGCCAACCAUAUUCCUGCUGGGUCGAUCCGUACAUGGGAUGAAUUGGGACUACGGUUCCUAGAGAAUUUUGCCGGGAACUGCCGUCCCAAGAAGCAUUUCACUCACUUAGCUUCAGUACGACAGAAGCAUGGAGAAUCCUUGAAGAAUUUCCUUAUCCGAUGGAGGAAAGAGUCCAGGGAGGUUGAAGGAACCGACGAUAAAUCCAGGUUGGCUAUGUUCACAGCAGCAUUACAGGAUGGACUCCUUCACACCGAUCUUACUACUCAUCCCCCGGAUACCUUCGAAGAAGCAAUGGUCCGGGCGGGGAGGUAUGUGACCCUGGAAGAAAGAAAGGAGGAAACGAAAGAGAAGACUCCCAAAGAAGAAGAGAAGACAGGAAAUAAGAAGCCGUUUAAAAAUAAGAAGCAGGGUUUCCCGGAUGGCCCAAGGGGCACAAGUCCUGGGACCUCGGAGAAGCACAAAUCUGCCAAUCCAGUCUUCACAUUACCAGUGGCUGAGGUCAUGGCCCACGCUGCACAGCAGGGACUCAUGACUUAUCCAACCUAUUCUCAAAAGGUCUGUAAUGUGGAGGAUACUAGAAAGUGGUGUGCUUACCAUCGCAAGAAUGAUCACAAUACGGAAGAUUGCUAUACCCUGAAGAAUGAGAUGGCAAGGCUAAUCCGCCGGGGUCAUCUGAAGAAGUUCGUGCAAGAUAGAGAUGCGGGAAAUCCCGGGAACGCUCCGAAUGGAAAGCGCAGAGAUAAAGAAAAGAGACACCACGGGUGUAACUUCAUCAUUGGAGGGAAUACUGGCGGAGACUCAGCCGCAAGCCGAAAGAAGUGGGCAAACGCGGCGAUGGUCAACAAGGUGCUGGUCCCAGAAGGUAAGAAGCUGAAAACCGAGCCAAUUGUAUUUUCUAAUGUUGAUCUUCCGGAGACAGGGGUCCCCCAUAGGGAUGCCCUAGUGAUUACUAUUGAUAUAAUGGACUUACUGAUCCACAAAACCCUUGUGGAUACGGGAAGCUCCGUUAAUAUCAUAUAUAUGGAUACGUACAAGGCUCUUGGUUUGACAAGGGAUGAAUUGUCACCCAUCAAAACUCCACUAACCGGGUUCACUGGUGACUCUAUUGAACCGGAGGGGGUGAUAACCCUCCCGGUUGAGAUAGGGGAUACUAAGGCUACCCGGAAGUUGGACAUGGAGUUUGUUGUGGUGGGGAUAAUCUCCAGCACAAACAUCAUCCUGGGCAGACCCGGGUUGGAAGAUUUGGAGUGUGUCAUCUCACCUCGUCACCUAUGCAUAAAAUUCCCGACCUCCCACGGAGUUGGAAUUGCCAGGGGAUCUCAGAGAGUGUCCCGGGCAUGGUAUUUGAAGGCAACUAAACAGCCGGUCAAGUACGAUACCCAAGUGGGAGAGGUGACUGCGCAGCUCCUGAGGGCUGAGGAAAAACGUCCCAGAGUAGAAGUUGCUAGCGACAUUGAAGAAUUGGAACUGGAGCCAGGCAUGCCGGGAAGGUUUGUUAGGAUUGGCAAGGGGCUGGGGGCUGAACUCAGAUCACGAGUGAUUUCAGUCCUUAGAAGGUUCACGAAGGUCUUUGCAUGGAGUCCAGCUGAUAUGCCAGGGCUGGAUCACAAGAUUGCAGUUCAUCGCCUAAAUGUCCUGCGGGAUGCUAAACCAAUCCUCCAUAUCGCUUACGUCGAAGUUCAGGAAAUAAGAUUGAUCAGGGAUACUCCCGUAAUCAUGCUAGCGUUCCAAACACAACAGGUCUAUUGUGUACACAAUGAAUUGGGGUCCAUAGAAGAAAGAGGAAAGCAAAUUGAUCGGCAACUUUUGGCUCAUACAUCCACCAUGCAAACCCUAAAGCAAAGCAUGGAACAACUUCAGCACCACUUUGGGUACCUAUUCAGCCGUCUCGAGAAGAACCCAGCCACGGGUUUCAUGACCCCCCGCACGGGAGGAGGCAACGGCCCUGAUCCGGUCCCUCUCAUGUCCAAAUUGAAGUUGGAGAUGCCCAAAACCGACGGCGCAGAUCCUUUAGGGUGGCUCUUCAAAGCGCAUGAAUAUUUCGUCUUCUACGGCAUCACGGAUGAAGCACGCCUCCCUGCCGUCUCCCUUAUGCUCGAGGGCCCUGCACUGGAUUGGUUUCGUUGGCGCCAACGGAACGCUCUGGUGACCUCUUGGGCGGAUUUUGUCGCACAGUUCAAGCUUCGUUUCGAUCCCCUCAGUUAUGUGGACUACUUCAGGCUGCUUUCUAAAGUUCACCAAACCGGCUCCGUGUUGGACUACCAACAGGCGUUUGAGAGAGUAUUGGUUAACGUCAACGGGGUGGCUGAACCGAAUCUGCAGUCCCUUUUUCAUGCAGGUUUGAAACCUCAUCUUCAACAUGAAAUUAUGCUCCUUAAACCAGGGUCACUGUCCGCCUCUUUUGCUCUCGCCCGGGAACUUGAAGUUAAAUAUACAGCGUGGACGACAGCCAUGCCGCAACGGAAGGGUAAUUUUCGUGACCAUGUGGGCUCUAAACCCCAAACCCCUACUUCAAACCUACCGCUACUGCCGUCCCCAGGAACCAAGCCACCACUCACUGCCAAACCCAAGGCCGGCCUUCCUGUCCGUCGCCUCUCUUACGCCGAACGCAAGGAACGCGAUGCUAAGGAUCUCUGCUAUAAUUAUGAUCCUACCGAACCUCCCGACGAUACGGUCCUCGCCGCUGAUGUUUCCUCCCUUCAUAGCCUUGUGACCGCGCCACGGUCCUUACGGCUGUCUGGCAUGAUCAAUAUGGUGGUGGUUGACGUCUUGAUUGACGGAGGCAGUACUCACAAUUUCGUCCACCCAUCCAUUAUUGAGCGGGCGCAGUUACCCGUCACGGACGUCCCUCCCUUCCGCGUGUACGUGGGCAACGGGGAAUUUUUGGUUUGCUCCCGGCAAAGUCUCCAGGUACCACUCUUGUUGCAGGGGUUUCAAUUCUACGUGGACAUCAAUGUUUUACCCAUUCAUGGGCAGGAUAUGGUGCUCGGGGUUCAAUGGCUGCAAUUAUUGGGCAGGGUGACGCAUGAUUACGCCAAGCUUGUUAUGGAUUUCACUUGGCAGGGGAAGCUAGUGACCCUCCGCGGCGAUCCGAUAUCACCAAAACCGUUGUCGUUACAUCAUUUUCAUGGGCUUUGUACCACCAACCAAGUAGCGGCCUGCUUCGAGCAGGUGAUUUCCCCAAGCACGCCAGCCUCUACCACGGCCAGCCUUCCACCAUCUCGAGGGUCAUCGGUCAUUUUGGUGGUGGUCGAUCAUUUGUCCAAGUAUGCUCACUUUGGGGAGUUACCGGGGGAUUUUGAUGCCCAUCGUACGGCCUUCUUGUUUACCGACAUGGUGGUGAAACUACACGGCAUCCCGAAGUCUAUUGUCUCGGACCAUGACAAGAUUUUUACUAGCGCCUUUUGGAAGGAGUUACACGCGUUGAGCGGAACCACACUCAAGCACAAUACGGUGUUCCAUCCGCAGACAGAUGGGCAAACAGAGGUACUCAACCGCACACUGGAGCAGUAUUUGCGGGCCUUCGCCCACGCCAAACCCAAACGCUGGACGGUUUUACUACCCUGGGCCGAGUACUCCGUCAACACAAGCUACCACCAUGGGCUGCAAAUGACCCCUUUUCAGGCUGUGUAUGGGCGUGCUCCGCCGGAGUUGAUUCCUUAUUCCUGCGGCUCUGGCCGAGUUCAAGCGGUCGACGACAUUUUGGGGGAAUGGGACGCACUAUUACGGCUGCUACGCCUUAACUUGGAGCUUGCUCAGCAUCGUAUGAAGCAAAUGGUCGAUGGAAAGCGUCGUGACGUGGAAUUCAACGUUGGGGAUUUGCUUCAGGAAGGGGGUGAUAGCGCUCAACCAUUGGCCCUACCACCGGAGCUUGUGGAUGGUCAGGCUCCGGCUUUACCCGUCAAGAUAUUGGACCGGCGCCGAGUUUUGCAUAAUGGGGGAGCAGUGGAUCAGUUUCUCGUCCAGUGGAGUGACGGAGGGGUUGCAGACGCAUCCUGGGAACUGGCUGAGACCAUGCAGCGGAAUUUUCCUCAUCUUCACCUUGAGGACAAGGUGAUUCCUGAAGUGGGGGAGAGUGUUAUGGAUACGGAGCAACAUGAAGAGACCCAGAGAACACUCGAAGCUUCUCUUGCCGAUACGAUACGUAUCACAAUGGAACUGGUAGAGGCAGAAGAUGUACAGCCGCUAUGGCGUCUUAACGAGAUGCACCAGUUUGGAGUCAUCGCUGUUAAAUAUAUUCUUAUCUCGGAGCCGAACUACAAAAAAUGGAGUCGACUCUUUCGUCUCCUUCUUCUUCGAUUUAAUCUCAUGGGAUAUCUUGACGGCACUAUCGUCACCAAAUCGGCCGAUGAUGCCGAGUGGUUCCAAUUCGACGCCCUACUUCAAGGAUGGAUCUUGUCUACCGUCUCCGAUGAGCAUGCCCGAGCGAUGCAAUUGGAGCACCGGUUCCGCACCACCGUCAAAGGAACCAAGACAAUAAAUGAGUAUUGUCACACUCUCAAGAACCUAGCCGACUAUCUCGACGACGUGGAUGCUCCGGUGACCGAACACGCCCUCGUCCUACAAGUCCUUCAAGGAUUGCCGCAUGACAUCCGGGGCCAAGUUCACUUUUUGCAGUAUCAAAAACCAUUUCCGACGUUGCUGGAAGUCCGAUCGGCCCUCCUCUUGGUCGAACAACAGCAGGCCGACACCCUCCCCAACACUGGCCCGUCCACCGCCCUUCUCAGCCUUAGCGGCGGCGGCGACAGCAACAUGGCGGGUGGGGGUCAGUCGCGGCAGGGCAGCAGCGGGUAGAACUCCGGGCGGGGCAGUUUCGGCGGAUCAAAUCGGGGCAGCACUGGUGGUUA